AGAAGGCGGUGCGGGGAGCGCGGAGCCGGAGCGGCCGGCAGCGGGAGCAGCGGCGAAGGGAGACGGGGGCACAAAGCGGAAAAAAUAACCGAAGCGAGCUGCGUUUCUUUCAGGCUGCAGGAAUAGGCUAUUUCACAAGCGGCUUUCCCUUCCCUAGCUGGCUGCGAUGCUGCUAGCCACCGUGCUGCCCUGGACGUUGUUUUUGCUUGGAGCCGCAGGGAAAUGGGGAUCCUGCUGGCAUUGGACGGUCCUGCUGUUUGUUCGAGCCUUGCUGUGCCCCUGGCUAAGCACGUCCACCUAGACACCAGCUGGCCGAGCUGCCAGACAAAGCCGCUGACAGGCGAAUGUAGAUCAGCCUCUCUACAAGUGGACAUUGUUCCAAGCCAGGGGGAGAUCAGUGUUGGAGAGUCUAAGUUCUUCCUAUGUCAAGUGGCAGGGGAGGCCAAAUACAAAGACAUCUCCUGGUUUUCCCCUAACGGUGAGAAGCUGACGCCGAACCAACAGCGAAUCUCAGUGGUGCGAAAUGAUGACUUCUCCUCCACUCUCACCAUCUACAACGCCAACAUCGAUGACGCUGGCAUCUAUAAAUGCAUUGUCAGUAGCACGGAGGAGGGAGACUCUGAGGCCACCGUCAAUGUGAAGAUUUUCCAAAAGCUGAUGUUCAAGAAUGCUCCCACUCCUCAGGAGUUCAAGGAAGGAGACGAUGCCGUGAUUGUGUGCGAUGUGGUCAGCUCGCUGCCUCCUACGAUCAUCUGGAAGCACAAGGGCAGGGACGUUAUCCUAAAGAAAGAUGUUCGAUUUAUAGUCCUGUCCAACAACUACCUGCAGAUCCGGGGAAUCAAGAAAACAGACGAAGGGACGUACCGCUGUGAGGGGCGGAUCUUGGCUCGCGGGGAGAUCAACUUCAAAGAUAUUCAGGUCAUCGUAAAUGUACCUCCUUCGGUGCGUGCCAGGCAGAGCACCAUGAACGCCACUGCCAACCUCAGCCAGUCUGUCACCUUAGCGUGCGACGCUGAUGGCUUUCCUGAGCCAACCGUGACGUGGACAAAGGACGGAGAGCCGAUAGAGCAGGAGGAUGAUGAAGACAAAUACAGUUUUAACUACGAUGGGUCUGAGCUCAUCAUCAAGAAGGUGGAUAAGAGUGACGAAGCAGAAUACAUCUGCAUCGCUGAGAACAAGGCUGGCGAGCAGGAUGCCACCAUCCAUCUCAAAGUCUUUGCAAAACCCAAAAUCACCUAUGUGGAAAAUAAAACAGCCAUGGAGCUGGAGGAUCAGAUUACACUGACCUGCGAGGCAUCGGGGGACCCAAUCCCUUCCAUCACUUGGAGAACUUCCACCCGGAACAUCAGCAGUGAAGAGAAGACUCUGGAUGGGCGCAUCAUAGUCCGUAGCCAUGCCCGGGUGUCAUCCCUGACUCUCAAAGAAAUUCAGUACACAGAUGCAGGAGAAUAUGUAUGCAUAGCCAGCAACACCAUCGGACAGGACUCCCAAGCCAUGUACCUUGAAGUGCAGUAUGCCCCCAAGCUUCAGGGCCCUGUGGCUGUCUAUACCUGGGAAGGGAACCAAGUGAACAUCACCUGUGAGGUGUUUGCUUACCCCAGUGCUGUCAUCUCCUGGUUUCGGGAUGGACAGCUGCUUCCCAGCUCCAACUACAGCAACAUCAAGAUCUACAACACUCCAUCAGCAAGCUACCUGGAGGUGACACCAGACUCCGAAAAUGACUUUGGGAACUAUAACUGCACUGCUGUGAACCGCAUUGGCCAGGAGUCCUCCGAGUUCAUUCUUGUGCAGGCAGAUACUCCGUCCUCUCCUUCCAUUGACAGAGUGGAGCCCUACUCCAGUACUGCCCAGGUGGAGUUCGAUGAGCCCGAAGCUACCGGUGGGGUGCCCAUACUCAAGUACAAAGCAGAGUGGAGGGCACUGGGCGAAGGAGAAUGGCAUUCAAGGCUGUAUGAUGCAAAAGAAGCAAACGUGGAGGGCAUGAUCACCAUCACUGGCCUGAAACCUGAAACAACCUACUCUGUGAGGCUGUCUGCGGUCAACGGCAAGGGCGUGGGGGAGAUCAGCGUGCCAUCCGACUUCAAGACACAACCAGUUCGCAUCCCUCACUCACGGGAACCCAGCGCGCCCAAGCUGGAAGGUCAGAUGGGAGAAGAUGGAAACUCCAUUAAAGUGAAUGUUAUCAAGCAGGAUGAUGGCGGCUCCCCAAUUAGACACUAUCUGAUCAAAUACAAAGCUAAGCAUUCCUCAGAGUGGAAGCCAGAGAUCAGGAUUCCCUCCGGCAGCGACCACGUCAUGCUCAAGUCCCUGGACUGGAACGCGGAGUAUGAGGUUUACGUGAUAGCUGAAAACCAGCAAGGGAAAUCCAAACCGGCUCACUACGCGUUCCGCACGUCUGCUCAGCCUACAGCCAUCCCAGCCAGCACUAGCCCUACAUCAGGCCUUGGGACUGCUGCCAUUGUAGGCAUUCUCAUUGUUAUCUUUGUGCUGCUCCUGGUGGCUGUGGAUGUCACCUGCUACUUCCUGAACAAGUGUGGUCUCCUGAUGUGCAUUGCGGUCAACUUGUGCGGCAAAUCCGGCCCCGGAGCCAAGGGCAAAGACAUGGAGGAGGGCAAGGCCGCCUUCUCGAAAGAUGAGUCCAAGGAGCCCAUUGUGGAGGUGCGGACUGAAGAGGAGCGGACCCCCAACCACGACGGAGGGAAACACACAGAGCCCAACGAGACCACCCCGCUGACAGAGCCAGAGCACCCCGCCGAUACCGCAGCUACCGUUGAGGACAUGCUGCCUUCUGUAACCACGGGCACCACUAACUCUGACACUGUCACUGAAACCUUUGCCACUGCUCAGAACAGCCCCACCAGUGAGACCACUACGCUGACCUCCAGUAUGGCCCUGCCAGCUGCGGCCAUUCCCGACUCAAACUCCAUGUCGCCUGGCCAGGCUACUCCAGCCAAAGGGGCCUCAGUCUCCUCACCACCACCCUCCUCCACCCCCAAAGUGGCCCCCCUCGUUGAUCUCAGCGAUACCCCAAGCUCUGCUGUAGCUACUAACAAUUUGUCUUCAAGUGUCCUGUCCAACCAAGGCGCAGUGCUCAGCCCCAGCGCUGUUGCAAACGUGGCCGAGGCCUCCAAAGUGGCGGCUGGUAACAAGCCAGCUGCCUCAAGCCCUGCAAACCUCACUAGCCCUCCAGCUCCAUCAGAGCCCAAGCAGGAGGUCUCCAGCACCAAGAGCCCUGAAAAAGAAGCUGUGCAGCCCAGUACAGUGAAGAGCCCAACAGAGACAACCAAGAACCCGAGCAAUCUGAAGAGCGAGGCUGCUUCAGGCAGCACCGCAAACCCCUCCCAGAACGAGGACUUUAAAAUGGACGAAGGGGCCUUCAAGACACCAGACAUUGAUCUUGCAAAGGAUGUUUUUGCAGCUCUUGGCACUACUACUCCUCCCAGUGUGGCUAGCGGGCAGGCUCACGAGCUGGCUUCAUCCGCUGCAGACAGCUCUGUACCCGCUGCACCUGCAAAGACCGAGAAAACCCCAGUAGAAGACAAAUCCGAAGCGCAAGCGACGGACACGAAGACACCUCCCGCGGAAGUGAAGACGGUUCCCAAUGAAGCCACACAAACAAACGGCAACGAGAGCAAAGCAUGAUCAGCGCCAGGUGGAAACGAGUGACAGAACAACUUCACCCAAGCAUUUAAAACACAAAACACAACACCCAUCUCGUUCUUCUCGUGUCUGUUGCCUUUUUUUAAAAAACAAACAAAACAGGAAAUGCAUAAAUGGGGGGGCGGGGGGCAUCUCUCUUUUGCUUUUCUUUUGUUCUUUUUCUUUUUCUUUUUUUUUGUUUUAAAAGAUUUCUAGAAAAGUUCUAUCUGUUGUGCACUUGCUUUUAAAAAGUAAUGCAUUUUAAAACCGGGGUUAAACCCAGCACCAAAUCAGGGCUUAGCUGACCCUGUAUAUAUUCCAAUAGAACAAAAUUGCAAAUACCAUUUGCAACGUGAUUGGGACACUCAAAAUCAACUAGUCCUAGAGAAAUAAAUAACCCCUGUUGUUUCCUUCAUUAGUAUAGCAGAUAUAGCUGCUGUAUCGCUUGGUACAGCUGGUACUUAAUGAACAAAGUCCACAAUUUAUUUUUAUACUUUUCAGUCGAGUUUGAACUAUGUAAAGCCUCAUAAAUAAGUUAUAAUUUCUGUUCACCUUGUAUUUGUUCAGUAUGCAAAGUGUCCUGAGCUCUUUGUGACUGAAUUCCGUUCUCCACGUUAGGCAUUGCUUUGGGUUUUAUCGUUGUUUUUAGGAAGAAUGCCAAAAUAGCAGCUGUGGGGGGGAUAUAUUUCGAUUUGCAGUAUUCAGACUCUACAUUUCUUUAAAUUUUAUGUUAAUUUUGCCAACUUUUGUUCUUUCCAGUGUUUACAGUUGACAUUUUUUUAACUUUUUUUUGUGUUUAAAUGUAUGUGUAAAAUAGCUGCCUUUUUUUAAAGAGAAGUAAAUACGGUCUCUAGAUCCUAGGGUAGAGCAUGCUUGCUUGGCAAAGGGAGACAUUUGAAACCAUGGAUGUUUACAGUAGUUGUUUCCCCUUUAUCUUUUCUUAAUUAUUGUUCUUAUUAUUAUUAUAAUUAUUAUUAUUAUUUCUUACUGGAGUAAGAAGAGAAGUAACGCUGGGGUUUGCGUGGGUUUCUGUGGGCGGGUGGGGGUAUCCAAACCACUUGUCACCAAUCAAGGUCUUUAUCCAGCAACCCCCAGAAACACAUUAACUUGGAAUGAGAGAGUUGCUGGUGAGAGUCCUUCUAUUCUUAAAUUUACCACGAGUUUAAGUCCCUUGCUGGACCUGGGCCUGACUGCAUAAGAGAAAUAUCAUCUCUGCUUUUUUAGGACAUUCUCCCCUUUCCUUCAUGGACCCCUCCUGGAGCUUUGCGAAGCAGAAGGGAGAUUGUACAGUUAGGGCUGGUCUGGUCUCAUCUCAGAUGUUUGAUUGUAUCAAUUCCUCCUUAGUAUGUCAGUAAAUACGAUUUCUUUUGACCCUAGAAGUCUUAAUUAAAGGCAAAACCUUUUUGCACGAGGGUGCUUGGCAGUGUGCAGGACCCGUCCUGCAAAGCCCCAUCAGCACUGGGACCAGAUGGUCCUUGUAGGUCCCUUCCAACUGAACUGUUGUGUCCCAUCGCUUGAGCUCGUCCUGUGCAGGGACAGGAGUUGGACACAAUGGUCCUUGGGGGUCCCUUCCAACUGAACUGUUGUGUCCCAUCGCUUGAGCUCGUCCUGUGCAGGGACAGGAGUUGGACACGAUGGUCCUUGGGGGUCCCAUCCAACUGAUUCUGCUCUGCAGAAUCAAACCCAUGAAACGAAGAACAAGUGCUUGGAAGUCAACGCCAAGACUCCCGUUGAUUUCACUUGUCUUUGCAUCGUGUCUGUAACAGUUGGGAAAGGGGGCUGAUGUAGUACAUCUGUUAUCAUUGUGAACGGGGGAGGUUAUAAUUGGGAGUCAUGGAGUAACACUGAGAUUUUGGGGUGAAAAGAAAGGAGGCUUGAGCAGAAGGAAGGCAGAGGUAUAUAGAGGAAGACCAGCCCAUUGUAUAGAGAUGUUCCUUCUGUUGGGCUUUUGCUUUUGUUUUCGUUUGGGUUUUUUUUCUCUGUUUUAUUUUCGUUGGGUUUGUUUUCUGUUUUAAUUCUACUUUAGAUCUGCAAGCUUGUGCACUGUGGGUGCGUGACUAUUUUAGUGUGAAAUGUGUUUUUCGUCAUAGUAUUGAAAUAAUAAAAGCUUCAACAUAGAUUGGAUGUGGAAGGUGUAGCGAUAGUUCAGAUUAAACAAAUCAGGAGGAAAAACAAAGAAGAGAACAACUCUUAGAAGGAACAGAAGCCUUUAAAUGACAAAUCAAACCAAGCUGAGUGUGGCAUCCAUUCCGUUGUGCUAAGGCGAUGAGCAGAGGGAUGAUGAGGGUAGGGGCAGACUGCAGGUUGGCUCGGGUACGUUGAGCCCCAUUUAUCGGUGUAUCAUUCUGAGUAUGCAGUCCUCUUACAGUGGCAUCACAUCACUUCAAACUGUGAACAAUAACGGUCUUGUCACUUGCUGAGUGUGCGGGUUUUUCCUUAGCUCCUGGGAUGCGAAUGGGGGAUGGCUGGAUACGCAGGCAUAGGCACGCGUGCAGUACCCAUCCUGCGCAGGAUGUCAGGGCACUAUGGGUCCGUCCUCGUCCUUCCAAGCCUCGUGUCCAGUUUGGCCCUUGCAUGACCCAUCACAGCAGUACCAGUGUGACUACGGGUAGUUCGGCCCGUGGUGCCUGGGAUUUUUGUUUUCUAAAGAAUCAACCCAUGAAAUACGGUACAAAACGCUACCAUGGUGUGUCCAUGGCUGGGGAGAGGAGGGGCAGGCAGCGUGUGCCUCCACUCCUGUGGCUGAGCACCAUUCCAAGGCAUUGCCGGAACCCUAGGAGUGCCCAUCCGGCUCCUUUUCGAUGCCCUUGCGACACCUCCCGAUACUCAGAGAUCAAUUCCGAGAGAGGUUUUAUACUUGGCCUCAAUGGCGAAUAAUUUAUUUUAAUGUAGAAGUUCCCCAUUUCCAAGGUAGUUUAGACUUCGUUGCUUUGUUUAAACCUUUGAAGAGGGACCAACCUGAUGCCGUUUAUGCUGUAUAUGUUUAUAUAUGUAUCCAUACCAUACAUAUAUAUCUAUAUGGCAAUGUAGACUGAUCAGCUUCUAGUUGUGGAGUGACUACAUUUCAUGCUGCCGCAUACGUAAAGAUGAUAAUAGUGCAUCCAGUUGUUCGGCUUUUAGAGUGGGAUUUUAUUUUCACACUUUUCUAUGGAGCCUUCAGACCCCAGGUUUUCACACUAGGCUGUUUUGACAGUUGUUCUCGGAGCUGCCAUUGCCAUCCUCACCCAGCGUUCCCCACUUUGGGGCCUUCCAUCUUGUUAGAAAAAAAGACAAAAACAACAACAAAAAAUCAAAAAAAAAAAAAAAAGAAAACAGAAAAUCUUUUUACCAAGUGAAACAUCGAUUCCACCUUUAUUCCCAUUCUCACUGGUGUAAAUACUGAUACUAACUGAGGAUUUUGACUUUGCAUUCUGUCAGAAUACUGUGUUCAAAUAAAAAUUACAAAAAACCAA